AUGAGUUAAAGAGGCGCGAGGGCGGUGUCAUGCCGGGGGUCCGGAUCUGAGCGCGUGCAGGGUCCGACAGAGAGCUCAGUUCAGUUCACUUUACUUUCCGACUUGUUUGGAGAAACUUCAGGUCUGUGAAGCGCAUUAACUUUACUCUAACACAGCUAUGCAGUUGCAGGAGUGGUUGCGUUCCUUUCGCCUCAGCAGCGGUGAUUUAGGAGGCACUGAAGUAGCGGAUCUCAGGGCUCUACUUCCCUCCCUGGCAUUCUCCCCUCCAUCUCUGCUCGGGCUCGGGGCCGUGGCCUCGCUCACGGCGUACUGGCUGGCGACCCGACCUCGAUCCAUCCGGCCUCCGUGCGACCUGAAGGCUCAGUCCAUACCUGUGGAGGGAGACGCCAGUUGCAGACGGUCAGCCUUGUUAAAGGACGAUAAUCUGCUAGAAUUCUACUACGAAGACACAAAGACGGUGUAUGACAUGUUUCAAAGAGGCCUGAGAAUCGCAGGUGAUGGUCCGUGCCUUGGCUUUAGGAAACCAUCAAAGCCGUACCAGUGGAUCUCCUACACUGAGGUGGCAGAGAGGGCUCAGGUGCUGGGCUCGGGUCUGCUGGCCAAAGGAUGCAAGCCUACUCCUAAACAGUUCAUCGGCAUCUUCGCUCAGAACAGGCCAGAGUGGGUUAUUACAGAAUUGGCCUGCUACACCUUCUCGAUGGCGUUAGUGCCUCUGUAUGACACACUGGGUUUGGAGGCCAUGGUGCACAUCCUCAACCUGGUGGAGAUCUCCCUGGUGGUCUGCGAUAAGGAGGAAAAAGCCGAGUCUCUGUUGGUGAAUAAGGAGAGCGGCGUGACCCCGACUCUGUCCUGCCUGGUGAUCUUUAACCCCGUGAGCGCCGCCCUGGUGGAGAGAGGGAGGAAGUGUGGUGUGGAGAUCCUGCAGCUCGAACAGCUCAUGGAGGUGGGCAGAGAAAAUAUCCAGCCUCCAGUACCUCCUCAGCCUCAGGACCUGGCUGUGGUCUGUUUCACCAGCGGAACUACAGGAAAGCCCAAAGGAGCCAUGAUCACACAUGGCAACAUCACCUCCAACACCUCCUCUGUCAUUAAGAUUCUAGAGGGCUUUUUCGAAAUCCGCCAGGAGGACGUGUCGAUCUCGUACCUGCCCCUCGCUCACAUGUUUGAACGCAUGAUCCAGGUGUCCAUGUUCUGCCACGGAGCGAGAGUGGGCUUCUACCAGGGUGACAUAGCACUGCUCAUGGAUGACAUCAAAACCCUGAAGCCUACCUUCUUUCCUGUGGUGCCCCGCCUACUCAACCGCAUCUAUGAUAAGAUCCAGGGUUCGGUGACAUCCGUGUUGAAGAGGGCCGUCCUACACUACGCCGUGAGCAGGAAACAGGCUGAGCUGAGCAGCGGAAUCGUCCGGAAUGACAGCGUGUGGGACAGACUGGUCUUCAACAAGAUACAGGCUAAUCUGGGAGGAAACCUGCGCUUCAUCCUGACAGCUUCGGCUCCCAUCUCGCCCACAGUGCUGUCCUUCCUCCGAGCUGCCCUUGGCUGCCUGAUAUUUGAAGGCUACGGUCAGACCGAGUGCACGGCCGGCUGUACGUUCUCUAUGCCCGGAGACUGGAGCGCAGGCCACGUCGGUGCUCCUCUUCCCUGCUCCAUGGUGAAACUGAUGGACAUUCCAGACAUGAACUAUUAUGCCAAGAACGGACAAGGAGAGAUCUGUAUCCGGGGUCCCAGUGUAUUUCAGGGUUACCUGAGGGACAAGAAGAGGACGGCCGAGGCUCUGGACAGUGAUGGAUGGCUCCACACGGGGGAUGUGGGACAGUGGCUGCCGAACGGGACUCUUUGCAUCGUCGACCGAAAGAAGAACAUCUUUAAACUCUCUCAGGGAGAAUAUAUCGCUCCCGAGAAGAUUGAGAAUGUCUACAUGCGUUGUGUUCCAGUGCUGCAGGUGUUUGUGCAUGGAGACAGUCUACAGUCUCACUUGAUAGGUAUCGUUGUCCCAGACCCAGAAGUCUUUGUGAACUGGGCAAAAGAGAGAGGAAUUGUGGGAUCGUAUGAAGAGCUCUGUCAGAAUCCAGACAUGAAGAAAGCAGUGCUGGAGGACAUGAACUCAGUGGGGAAGGAAGCAGGACUGAAGUCUUUUGAGCAGGUGAAGGAUUUGUAUCUGCAUCCUGAGAUGUUCAGCAUCAGCAACGGCCUUCUCACUCCCACCCUGAAAAGCAAGCGGGGGGACCUGCGGCGCGUCUUCAGCGAGCAGAUCGCACACAUGUACAGCAAAUCAGCCAUGUAGAGAUCCGGGACGGGCGUCUGAAUUUCAUUAUUAACGUUUUAAAUUAGAGAAUUAGAAAUCGUAAGCUAAGGUAACGCGCAGGGCCAGGGAUGCGCAAACGAUUCCGACUAAUCGUGUAUAUAACAAGAGCUCAAAGAACAGGCGAGGAAGCAACGAAGCUCGUUUUGAAGGAUAAACAAAGUUAGGUGGAUUCUAACUAUUUACAAACCUGGGCCAUUCUGACCUUCGACCCCGAGCGAACGAUCUGCCGGAAAUCAGUCGAGCGUAAAGACGACUUCAUCCCUCCGCUACCAGAGGGGAAAUGAUGCCGCCCAAUUUUCCUGCUGCUGUAAUUCAAUAACGUUUGUUAGACCUCGAUCGCGUGCGGUGCUUUUAAUCCGUUAAAAGCAGAAAGGUUGCACGCUUCAUGUUUCAAUCCGUGGAAGGUGCGACCACAGGCGACGGUAAUUUCUCACAUUAGGCACAUAAUUUAUGCAGUGUGUAUUAUAAAACGAGCAUGUGAACUGUAAAUGUGGACUUUUUCUUUUUUUUUUUUUUUUUUUGGAGCUGUACAUAUUGAGAAUUAAAAACCGGCAGAUUAUUAAACAUGCCACGAAUUCCAUCCAGGGUAGAGAUGUACUGUAUUUUGUAUCUGUUGUCUCUUAUGAAGCAGACGAAUAAAGAUAACACCUUGCA